AUGUUAUCUACAACACAUACAACAAUGGAUCUUGUUCAAUGGUUACAAGAAUUUGAAGCAGCGUAUCGAAAAUUAUACGGAUUCAAAUUUCCUUUUCCGAAACCACCCAUCGUUCAUUCAGACGGAGCGUUAGUCUUUCAAAUGGCUGCAAUGCGAUUUUUUAAUGGUGAUACAACAAUUAGUUCAUAUUUAAAACGUAGUUGGGCCAUCGUAAAUCGAACAGCAACAAAUGAAGAUCUAUCAAAAACUAUUGUUCAUUCAUGUUUGUCACAUUUCUCCAAAAGUGUAAAACGUCAAGCUCUUCAGUACUUUUCGAAUCAAAAGGUACCAUUCGCUCUAUGGAUCAUAUCACUAUUAGUCAAUUCAAAUACAUUAGAAGAAAUGUGCGGUAUUUGGGAACAUAUAUGCAUUGUUCUUCUUAGUCCAAUACAAAAUACAUCAUAUUCGUUAUCUAUUUCUUGCUUAUCAACUGCAGCAGAUAAUAUAAACAAGGAUCCUGACAAGGAUAAUUUUAUUGUUAGAAAUGUUAAAGUCGAUUCAAAAGGUGAAUGUCAAUAUUCAACAAUGUUUGAUGAGAUUCUGGCUGAAACAGUUGAUGAAGAUGAAAUCGAAAUCGGACUCAGUGAACAAGUUGCUUCCGAUGAAAGUGAAAGCCCAUUUCGUGAUUACUUUACCCAGAUAUAUAAUGACCAAGAGAAGAUUUGUGAUUCAUUUUCAAAUGAAAAUUUUAAGAAAUAUAUGGAGAAUCCAUAUUAUAGUCCCGCUUAUUUAAAACGUAUUCUUUCCUUGUAUUUACCUAUAGCACCAAUUUGGAGCAAUCUAAUGAUGGGAAGCUUGUCACGUUAUGGCUAUCGAACUACUACAAGAAUUAAACAUUGUGGUUGUCAUAAUAGUAGAACAACUGGUGUGUCAGAAUCGCGAUUAAAAGUUAUAAAACAUACGGCUCUUCGCGGCGAAGUGUCGUCAAGAAUUGAUCAAGUUGUUCAAAUGCUUGGUUCUAGUAUACGACAAACAGAAAUUAAUUAUUCAAAUCAUUAUCCACUUAAUUUAACGAAAAAUAGAACUGCACGUUCAAAAAAGCUAUUGGCGGAAGAAUCAUGGAAUAAACGUGGUCCAUCGCCACCACCUACAACCAGUAUUUAUUCUGAAAAACCAAAAGUGUCAAUUGUUGCUCAACUAAAAAAUGCUGUUAAGACUAAAAGUAGCACUCGUGGUCAAACUUUAGUUGAAGCUCUUCUCAAACGUACAUUUUUCAUGUCAGCAACAGCGAUUAUGAAUAAUAAUCAUACCAUUAAUAUAAAUGAUGCUAAAACAGAAGAAAGUGCUGAUGCAAUGUCGUCUUUUUAUCCAAUCAUUGAACAAAAAACAAUUCAAUAUUUAUGUGAAAUUUUGAAGUUACCGACUACAAAACCAUUAAAAAAACUUACGAUACGUAAUUAUAUGGAAGAUCUUCGUCAAACAUGGUCCAAAAUUGCAUGUUUGCAGCACGAAUGA